GAAGCUGGAGAAGAAAAGGAAAAUAUAUGGAGGACGGCGUAGGAAGAGAUUUGGAAUGCCAGAAGAUUAUGGUUGUGAAGGCGAGUGACGGGAAUGAUUCUGAGAAGGCUAUUCCUUCUUGUUGCUUGAAGGCUAGGCCUUCAGUCCCUGAGGUUGACACAAAAUGGCAUUCUACUGUUGUUUCUGGGAGGUUCUCAUAAUCUCAGCUCCUUGUCGUCACUAUCUUAUAUUUGUUUUUUCCUUUUUUUACUAUUAUUCUUUGUGCUUGCUUUAAUCAUUCAAAUUAUUUAGUAUGAUUUUUAAGGCAAAGCACAUUCUCUGAAAGUUGAAAACAUUUUAUUUAGGAGGAAGUCCAACUACCAAGAGAUUUGUUUUUGAGGUUUGGAGUUCUCUCUGCAUCUUAGUUUUCCUUCUUUACUAUAUCCGUACAUCAGUGAUUGUCUUACUGACGUAUCUUAUAUGCAAAUUGAUUGAUGUAAAUUAUUUUCUGCAGUGUUCCACCUGUGGGAAAGUGCUUGUUCUUAAUGGUAUAGUUUAGUUGAUAGAAAAAGAUGCGUGUGCCUACCAGGAAAUGAUUGCUCAUCUUCCACUUUGUUCAAUUCCAUCUCCCAAAAAUGUACGUAUAAUCUGUUCUAUUGCUUUUAAUUAUCAUUUUCGACUGCAUGCUAAUAAUUUCCAGUUGGCUUG